UUAGAAGAUCUUCUAUGAGUUCAUCUUUCACCUUGUCAGUAAUGCACCGUUGCAGUUCUAGUUCAACUAUAACAACAGAGUAUAAUUUAAUAACUAUUAUCAACCACUAAUAUUAUGUCCAAAUCUAAGGAAGACGACGUCAGAAUUCCGGAUGUAAUAAUUGACACUAAGAACAAAAAGAAGUAUCAGAAAUGCAGCUUUCUAGGAAAGGGUGGUUUUGCGAAAUGUUAUGAAAUUAUUGAUAUGAAUACCAAGGAGGUAUUUGCAGGAAAAAUUGUGUCUAAAAAAUAUCUUUUGAGAAAUAAUCAAAAAGAUAAAAUGACUCAAGAAAUAUUUAUUCACAAAGUAUUGAAAAACAAAAAUAUCGUCUCUUUUCAUAGUUUUUUUGAGGAUAAUAAUUUUGUUUACAUUGUCUUGGAACUUUGUCGAAAAAGAUCAAUGAUGGAGCUUCAUAAGAGAAGAAAAACACUUACUGAACCUGAAACUCGUUACUAUGUGUAUCAAAUUCUUGAAGGUACAUUAUAUCUACAUCAACAAAAUAUAAUCCAUCGAGAUUUAAAAUUAGGAAAUUUAUUCUUAAAUGAUGAAUUGGAAGUUAAAAUAGGGGAUUUGGGUUUAGCUGCUAAAAUUGAAUAUGAUGGACAACGUAAAAAAACAUUAUGCGGUACUCCAAACUAUAUUGCUCCUGAGAUUCUUAAAAAAACUGGUCAUAGUUUUGAAGUGGAUGUAUGGUCUAUUGGUUGUAUUAUGUAUACACUAUUAGUUGGAAAACCACCAUUUGAAACAAAUUCUUUGAAAGAAACAUAUGCUCGAAUUACGCGAUGUGAUUAUAAUAUACCUUCUCAUUUAAAUAAGAAUGCCAGUACUCUUAUUGAAAAAAUGCUUCAAUUUGACCCUAAAAAACGUCCUUUAGUUUCUGAAAUAAUGAAAGCUGACUUCUUUACAACUGGUUAUAUGCCUAAAAAGUUGCCACCAUCUUGUCUGACUAUGACUCCUCGUUUUGAUUCUAUUAACUAUAGAGAAUCAAUUUCUAAUCGUAGACCACUCAUUGAACUCAACAGUCCAAAACUCUCUGUUACUAAAACUAAAAUUGCUUCAAAACCUCAAGACCCAUGUUUUAAAUCACCAGUGUUAAAUAUGCCGAGCAAACCUAUUGGAAAUGGUGUAUCUAAAAUUGAUUGUAAAGAUUAUAUGAUUUCUCUUGAAAAAGAAUUGGGAAAUUUAUUAAAGUGUAAACUAUCUACAAUUAGAGUGAAAAAUAUGGAAGAAACUACUGAUCCAGUUGCUCAACCUUUAAUUUGGGUCAGUAAAUGGGUUGACUAUUCUGAUAAAUAUGGAUUUGGUUAUGAAUUAUCUGAUGACUGUGUGGGUGUCAUGUUUAAUGAUUUUACUCGAAUUGUACUAUUGGCUAAUUUAAAGGAUGUUCACUACAUAGAAAGAAAUGGCUCUGAACAAUACUAUACUAUUGAUCAUACGCCUCCAACACUGGAAAAGAAAAUGAAAUUAUUAAUGUACUUUAGGCGGUAUAUGAAUGAUCAUCUCGUUAAAGCUGGAGCAGAUAUGUUAGCUAAAGAUGCUGAUCAAUUGAGUCGUACUCCAUAUUUGUAUCAAUGGUAUAGAUCUACUUCAUCAGUUAUUUUGCAACUCACGAAUGGGACUUUACAAAUAAACUUCACAGAUCAUACAAAAGUUAUAUUGUGUCCACUAAUGAAUGCUGUAACUUUUGUUGAAGAAAAUAUUUUUCGUACUUACCGAUUUAGUACAAUUGCAGAAUAUGGCUGUAGUCCUGAAUUUGAAAAGUGCUUAGAAUAUGCUCACAAGAAAAUUAUGUCCAUAUUGAAAGAUAACCAAUAA